UUUAAAGAUCACAUCGGGCCGCAGCACAUGUAAGAUACUGAUAGCAUCCUCGACAUGCUUUAAACAUUUUCUCCCACACACUGGAAGAGGAAGUGUGUGUCUGGCUGCAGAGGAAGUUCAUGUACAGCACAGCUGUCCAGGACUCUGUGAACAUUUACCUUCUCAGAGAGAAGACAACAACUCCUGCGCCUUCGACUGGAGGGAGGUGGAGAUUUUAAUGUUUCUCAGUGCCAUCGUCAUGAUGAAGAACCGCAGAGCCAUAACGCUGGAGCAGCACAUAGGGAAUAUAUUUCUGUUCAGUAAGGUGGCAAACGUGGUGCUGUUUUUCCGAGUGGACCUGCGGCUGGGCCUGCUGUACCUCACGCUGUGUGUGGUGUUUCUGAUCACAUGCAAGCCGCCGAUCUACAUGGGCCCCGAGUGCAUCAAAUACUUCAGUGACUCAACUAUAGACGAAGAGCUGCAGAGGGACGGCCGAGUGACGUGGAUCGUCGAGUUUUACGCCAACUGGUCUCCAGAGUGCCAGUCGUUUGCACCCGUUUUUGCUGAGCUGUCACUCAAGUAUAACUGCUUAGGCCUCAAAUUUGGCAAAGUGGACGUUGGACAGUACGGGGCAGUCGCAGAGAGGUAUAAGGUGAACCCCUCGCCGCUCUGCAAGCAGCUCCCCUCGCUCUUGCUCCUGCAGGCCGGCCGGGAAAUCACGCGCCGCCCGCUCCUGGACAGCAAGGGAAGAGCCGUCGGCUGGAGCUUCACCGAGGAAAACAUCAUCCGAGAGUUCGACCUCAACGAGAUCUUCCAGAGAAGCAAGAAAGCCGGCAGGGGAGAGCAUCCGGAGCAGCUGAAGACGCUCCCGCGGGACGAGGACGACGAAUGAGACGACCGCUUCCACGCUCUGGCGUUUUAUAAUAAAAGCGUUCAGUUUGACGGGAAAA